AUGCGAUUUUACAGCCUCUCACGCUUCUCUUUACCUGCGUUUCGAUUUCUCGGACCUUAUCGUCACCAAACGCAUUUCAAGAACAUGACAACUGAAGAAGUUAAUGAAGCGAUCUCUAGAAGAUCCCAGAUAACUGCUAAUGCGAAGGUCAACAAAUUCCAGCAACUUCUUCACUCAGACACCAACUAUAACUGGGACAAGUGCUGGGAAGAAGGUUUGACGCCUUGGGAUUUAGGGAGCCCCACCCCUGUUCUUGUGCACCUCCACAACACAGGAUCCCUACCCAAAGGCAGGGUUCUUGUUCCUGGCUGCGGUAGUGGCCAUGAUGUGGUAGCAAUUGCAUGUGCCGAGCGUCAUGUGGUAGGUAUAGACAUUUCGGACAAUGCUAUCAACAAAGCAGCUGAAUUGUCAUCUCGGUCACCAAAUGCGGAGCAUUUUACUUUCUUAAAGACGGACUUCUUCACUUGGUGUCCAACUGAGUUGUUUGAUCUCAUUUUUGACUAUACGUUUUUCUGUGCCAUUGAACCGAAGUUAAGGUCAUUGUGGGCAACAAAAGUUAAUGAUCUUCUAAAACCCGAUGGCGAGCUCAUAACACUAAUGUUUCCGAUUGAUGGCCACGAGGGUGGGCCUCCGUAUAGCGUAUCAAUUGCCGAUUAUGAAGAAGCAUUGCACCCUGUCGGUUUUAACGCAACUUAUAUUGCGGAAAAUGAACUGGCUAUUGCCCCUCGACUGGGUCGAGAAAAACUAGGACGAUGGAAAAGAAUCGCCAGGCAAUCCUCACUAUGA